UGUGAUUCAUGUGACGAAGCAAAAGAUUUGAUUCAAAUCUUAGUGGCUAGAGACGUGGUGUGUCUCCCAGAUAUCCCCAGAGUACCAAUGGGCGAGACAGUUGUAAACCUACCAGAGCAAAUUGUUGGACCCCAUUCUGUUCAUACGUUCACACGACCCCGACAACGAAAAAAAGCCAAUCCAAUUUCGCAGUGCGCAUUACACUUCUCUGUACAAAGCUUCUCCCCUCAGGCUCCACUACGUCUUUCGUUGCAGCGAAACUCAACAUCAAACAGCACGCAAGAAGAGUCAAACAACAUUCCAAACCCAAUAAUCCACUCCUUCAGAAACGGGGUAAUUCCCGCACAAAAGUCAACAUGUUUCGUUCUCCCAAUCAUUCGAUUCGAAAAGAUUUGA